CAUAACGUGAGCAAAUCCUGCAUCGCGCUGUCAAGAUGUCCGUCCUGAUAAAACACGUCUUUUCCGAGUUUUGCUCCGUCCUGCGUCCUCUGUGUGUUUCUCUGUAGAGGUCCAGCUGUUUGCACAACGGGUCACUUAAGGAUCCUGAUGAGUAUAAAUGAAAUGCAAAGGUUUCCUCCUGCACACAGACCAGACACUCCAGAGGGACGAUGAGCUUCCUGCGUAACCGUGCGGUGGUGCUUGGCCUGGUGCUGCUCUUCACCGUGCUGCUGUACCUGCUGCUGCCGUCGUCCAUCAGACAGAGCAACACCGAGCCGUCUCUGGCUGUGCAGAGGACACAGAGGCUCAUCUCUGCUUCUCCGUCACCCAUCAACAUCACCGUCCGCACGGGACAGAUCCCCAGUGACCCGCCGCUCUUCUUCAGAGAGGCCCUGCCAGUGGACUCGGCCGGGAGACAGGUCCUACCCAGGCUGCAGGUGGUGCUGCUGCAUGGUCAGGCCUUCACCUCCAGGACAUGGGAGGAGCUGGGCACGCUCAGUCUGCUCGCCGCGAACCGGUACCAGGCUCUGGCUCUGGACCUGCCCGGUUUUGGGAAGUCUCCAGCGUCGGAGUCGGUGAAGUCAGAGCAGAGUCGUGUGGAUCUGUUGAAGCAUUUCCUCGAGGCUCUGGGAGUUCGUGCUCCGGUUCUCAUCACUCCAUCUAUGAGCGGUCACUACGCACUGCCUUUUCUACAGAGGUUUAGUGAUCAGCUGCGAGCCUUUGUUCCAAUCGCACCGGUCGCCACCCGAACACUCACUCCACAGCAGUACCACGACAUCCAGACUCCGACUCUGAUUGUGGUUGGAGAGUUGGACACGAAUCUCGGCUCUCAGUCUCUGAAGAACCUGCAGAAUCUUCCACAUCACUCGGUGGUCAAGCUGUCAGGAGCACGACACGCCUGCUACAUGGACAAACCGCGCGAGUUCCACCAGGCGCUGCUGCACUUCCUCAACACACUCGACUAACAGGAUGAUGGGUGGGGGGUCAGGGGGUUGGGGAGGGGGUAAAAACGAUGACGUGUGCAGUACUUUAAAACAUUUAGUUUUUCUCAAAUAUAAAACAGACGCAUCACAUCAACUCUAGUGCCAUAUUUAUAAAAACCUAUACACUGUCAGAGUGGUGUGUGUGUGUGUGUGUGUGUGAGUGUGAUGGAGGGAGGUGAAGAAGAGUAAAUGGUGUGAAAACAUGAACAUUUUCAAUACAACUUUUAUUCUGAACAUUGUGCUUCACCAGAUCCUGCAGCAUGGAACCAGAACCACGCCUUUCCCUUUGCUCUAAAGCCUCCCCCUUUUAAAGACCACGCCCCAUCUGAAACGCAGAUGAUAAAAUGUGUAAAUACAGACUGUUGCUGCUGCUUUAUCUGAAACUGCUUAUUAAAAAAUGCUUUUUUUUUUGGUUUAACAAUACCGAUGAUAAUUCUGGGUGUGCGCCAUGCCGGGUUCCAGAAACACACACUGGUACGUUGGAACCGUGUGGAACUUCUGACCAUCUGAACCUGCUGGUCAUCUCUUGGCUCUGAUCCCUGCUGAAGCUUUACGGUGCUUUGUGUGCAUGUGUGAAAUGAAAAAACGACUUUUUAUGACGUCCCCUUAACACUGGCUUUGUUAUAGCCGACACUUUCGCUUAUACACCUGUCCACAUCUGUCCAGAUUCUCAUACACCUGUUCACAUCUGUCCAGAGUUCUUAUACACCUGUCCACAUCUGUCCAGAGUUCUUAUACACCUGUCCACAUCUGUCCAGAGUUCUUAUACACCUGUUCACAUCUGUCCAGAGUUCUUAUACACCUGUUCACAUCUGUCCAGAGUUCUUAUACACCUGUUCACAUCUGUCCAGAGUUCUUAUACACCUGUUCACACCUGUCCAGAAUUCCCAGUUUAAUGCACUUUAUUUACAGUAAUGCGGUGUAAUGCCACCCUGUGUCUGUAGUCAUGAUCUGCUUAUUUAUUUCCCCCAGGCAUUUUGUGUACAGUGUACAGAGUGUGUGUGUGUGUGUGUGUGUGUACAGUCCAUCAGAUCUGGUUUAUUGCUUGUAAAUAGAAAAGAGCUGAACGUUAUUACAACAUGAAAUCUAAUAAAAGUAGCCUUAUUGGCGUGACUGUC